AUGGGCCGGACGCCAGCCUCGCGCCUCGAUGUUCCCUCAGCCAACACCAACCCGCAGGUCCACGAGCAUGUUCCUCCCCUGCGGGCCGAGGCAGGCCAAGAGUUUGUGGAGAAGCUCAUGGCCCAAGGCCAGAAGAACAAAGCUCCGGCGUCUGACGCCGGUUCGAGCCAGGCCCCUCCUUCCAAGCGCUUUCGGACGGAACCCUUUGCGGGGAAGGUCGCAGGCGUGAGGCGCUACAAGGGCAAACAGAUGCCGACCUCUUCUGGCCCUGCGCUCAAGCUCGGCCCCAGGACCGAGAGCUCUGAUGGACCCCCAAGGGCCUCACCUCCUCCUCAUCCAAGCCCGGCACCAUCUGGUGCCGGCAAUGCUUCAGCCUCCCCUUUGGGAGGCACCUCAACCACCCCGGAAGCUUCUAUUGAGGCCCUCAGGACCCAGCUUGCCGCCGCCCAAGAGGAAAAGGACCAGCUCAUCCGGCAGCACCAGGAGGACCUGAGCGCCCAGAAGGCCAUCUUCAAGGAGCUUAAGGACCAGCUCAUCCAGCUUGGGCUCAAGCACAACGAGGAGAUGAAGGCCGCCCAAGCCGCUGCGGAGACCAAGCUGAAUGAGACACUGGAAGAUGCCAGCAACUCCAAUGGCUCUUCCCGGACUCCCAGGCGUACGCCGUGA